GGCGUAAACAAUUCGAAUUUGACUUCCUGUUUGUCCUAAGCACUUUAUUUUUUUGUCUUGAUGACUUCCUGGUUGUUUUGAGACAACUUUGUAUUUGUCCCGAUCGCUUCCCGUGCGCACGCAGUGUCGCUCCGCUUCUGGCGUGCAUCCGACGGGAAGGUUCACACGGUGAACCUGGCGAACGCCAACGUGUCGGACGGACGCCGCCAUUCGCUGGUGUUGCGCCUGGGUGACCUGCAGCGCGCCAGCGUGAGAGCCGAGCUCUACGUGGACUGCCGAUUGGCCGACGCGAUGGAGGGCGGGCCCCGCCUAGCUCCCCUCCCCUGGGAGGCGGACGCCGUGGAGAUUCGACAUGGACAGAAGGCGUACGCACGCGCGCAGGGCGCCGUGGAGUCCCUGCGAGUGGCGCUAGGGGGCAGCGUGGCCCAAGCCGGCGCCCUGGUCGACUGUCCCUUUCAACGUGACUCCGCCCACAACUUAGCGAGUGGCGAACUGCACGCCAUCCUGGCCGACCAUGCCAAAGUGCUGAUUGGUCAGAUGGUCCUCUUCAAUCAGAUGCUGGGCGAACUACGACAGGAUUUCAAGGAGCAGGCGAAGGAGAUGUCUUUGCUGAGGAACACCAUCCUGGAGUGUCAAGUUUGCGGCUAUCACGAGGCGCGCUCUCGCUGCUCACCCAACCCGUGCCACACUGGAGUGGCCUGCAUGGAAAGCCCUCAUUUCCCGGGCUUCACGUGUGGACCGUGCCCGCCCGGCACCGUCGGAAACGGGACGCACUGUCACGACGUGGAUGAGUGCGAGGCGCAGCCGUGCUUCCGGCCGUCGGCGUGCGUCAACACGGAUGGCGGCUUCCGAUGCGCUUCGUGUCCUCCUGGCCUGCGGGGGCCGCCACUCGCCGGGACUGGACUGCGCUACGCCAAGACGCACAAGCAGGAAUGUGUGGACAUGGACGAGUGUGUGGAGCUUCCCAACGCCUGCGUGCAAAACUCGGUUUGCACCAACACAGAGGGAUCGUUCCUGUGUGGCGCCUGUAAAGCGGGUUACGUUGGCAACCAAACCGUAGGCUGCUUCCCCAGCAAUUCGUGCGCCACCUUGUCCUACAACCCCUGCGAUAGCCACGCUCACUGCAACAUGGAGAGGAACGGCAUCCCAUCUUGCACGUGUAACGUGGGUUGGGCGGGUAACGGUAACACGUGCAGUGUGGACACAGACCUGGAUGGUUACCCUGACCGCUCGCUACCCUGCUUGGACAACAAUAAGCACUGCAGACAGGACAAUUGUGUGUUGACUCCUAACUCAGGCCAGGAGGACGCCGACAACGACGGUAUCGGGGAUCAAUGUGAUGAUGACGCAGAUGGAGAUGGGAUCAAAAAUGUGGAGGACAACUGUCGUUUGGUUGCUAACAAGGACCAGCAGAAUUCCGACAGCGACUCGUUCGGCGAUGCGUGCGACAACUGUCCCAACGUGCCCAACGGCGAGCAGACGGACACGGACGGAAACACCAGAGGAGACGCCUGCGACCUGGACAUCGACGGAGACGGCAUUCCAAACGUGCUCGAUAAUUGUCCCAAGGUUCCUAACCCCAUGCAGACCGACAGAGAUUAUGACGGAAUCGGGGACGCCUGCGACAGUUGUCCCGAACUCAGCAACCCGACACAAACCGACGUUGACGACGAUUUAGUGGGAGAUAUCUGCGACAACAACCACGACACGGACGGCGACGGACAUCAGGACAACCGGGACAACUGUCCCGACAUUCCCAACAGUUCUCAGCUGGACUCGGAUAACGACGGCCUGGGAGAUGACUGCGACCAGGACGACGACAACGACGGUGUCCCGGACCACAGGGACAACUGCAGACUCAUCGGAAACCCUCACCAACAAGACUGGGACCUGAACGGCAUUGGCGACGUGUGCGAGUUUGACUUUGACAACGACGCGGUCCGGGACGCACUGGACGCAUGUCCCGAGAGUGCCGAGGUGACGCUGACCGACUUCCGGGCUUAUCAGACGGUUGUUUUGGAUCCCGAGGGCGACGCCCAGAUUGACCCCAAUUGGGUGGUCCUCAAUCAGGGGAUGGAAAUCGUCCAGACGAUGAACAGCGACCCGGGCCUGGCAAUUGGCUACACGUCAUUCAACGGCGUGGAUUUUGAGGGAACUUUCCACGUGAACACGGUGACGGAUGACGACUAUGCCGGCAUCGUGUUCUCCUAUCAAGACUCGUCAAGUUUCUACACCGUCAUGUGGAAGCAGACGCAACAAAUCUACUGGCAGACGCGACCGUUCAGCGCCAUUGCAAGCCCCGCCCUGCACCUCAAGGCGGUGAAGUCGAGCACGGGUCCGGGCGAGUAUUUGAGGAACGCGCUGUGGCACACGGGCGACACGAGUGGCGAAGCGACACUCCUGUGGAAAGAUCCCAGGAAUGUGGGCUGGAAGGAUAAAACAUCGUAUCGGUGGCAGGUCAGCCACCGCCCGCAGGUCGGAUACAUCAGGGUUCGCCUGUUCGAGGGCUCUGACAUGGUGGCCGACUCAGGUGUGGUGAUUGACACCACCUUGAGGGGAGGAAGACUGGGGGUCCUCUGCUUCUCGCAGGAAAACAUCAUCUGGUCUAACCUACGCUACCGCUGCAACGACACUCUUCCUGAAGACUUCCACUCUAGCGGCCAGCAGGUGGUGAUGCACGUGCAAGUGUGACCAUAUGUGGAGGCGGAGCCUCGGGCCAGAGGCGGGGCCACACUGGAGCCAUGGGCUGUCAAUCAAAGGACAAACUUGAAGACAAGUGAAGUGAAUGGUGUCAAGGAUUAAGUUCAAAGAAUAAAGCCAAAAAUUAAGUUUGUCA